AUGUUAAAGAGGAAGGACUGUGAGUGGGAGAGUGUCCAUCCCAAACAGGAGAGUCUGGAAAUCAAGAAAGAGGACCAUGAGCUGGGGUUAGUUAGUAUUAAAGAGGAGGAUAAAGACGAGUGUGUCAGCACUGAGAUACACAACUGUAGGAGUAUGGAGAGUGUCAAGGAAGAUGACCUUCAUUAUGGAGAUCAAGAUGGAGCAGUGACCGGGUUAGUCUCUUCUUAUAGCAGACACCCUUCAUCUCCAGAGUCUUCUAUCAAUGUAAAAUAUGAAUCACUACAGUCUGACACAAAGGGGACUGAAGAUGUUUCAUCUCCUAGAAGUCAGCGAGAUAAGCCACCACCACCUACAACAUCAGCUAAAACAAGAAUCAAUCUUCACUGCCAUUCUGAAUGUGGUAAACAGCUUUCAAUAAAAUGUAGUCUUCAGAGCAACCAAAGACUUCACACAGGAGAGAAGCCAUAUUGCUGCCUUGAAUGUGAUAAACAAUUCUCUCAUACUAGUCAUCUUCAGACACACAUUAAAACUUGCAAAUCAGAGAAGCCAUAUUGCUGUUCUGAAUGUGGUAAACAGUUUUCACAAAGAUUACAGCUUCAAAGGCACCAACGAUUUCACAUAGGAGAGAAUCUGUAUUACUGUUCUGAAUGUGGUAAAAAGUUUAUGCAGAGAAGCCAUCUUCAGACCCACCAAAGAAUUCACUCAGGAGAGAAGCCGUAUUGCUGUUCUGAAUGUGGUAAACAGUUUUCAGAUAGAAGCAGUUUUCAGCGCCACAAAAUAAUUCACACAGGACAGAAGCCGUAUUGCUGUUCUGAAUGUGGUAAAAAGUUUACACAGAGAAGCAGUCUUCAGAAACAUCAAAGAAUCCACACAGGAGAGAAACCACAUUGCUGCCUUGAAUGUGAUAAACAAUUCUCUCAUACUAGCCAUCUUCAGACACACAUUAAAACUUGCAAAGCAGAGAAGCCAUAUUGCUGUGCUGAAUGUGGUAAAAAGUUUUCACAGAAAGGCCAUCUUCAGAACCACCAAAAAAUUCACACAGGGGAGAAGCCAUAUUGCUGUUCUGAAUGUGGCAAAACGUUUUCACGGAGAAGCAAUCUUCAGAGCCACCAAAGAAUUCACUCAGGAAAGAAGCCAUAUGACUGUUCUGAAUGUUGUAAAACCUUUUCAAAAAGAAGUAAUCUUCAUACCCACCAAAGAAUUCACUCAGGAGAGAAGCCAUAUUGCUGUUCUGAAUGUGGUAAACAGUUUUCAGAUGGAAGCAGUUUUCAGCGCCACAAAGUAAUUCACACAGGACAGAAGCUGUAUUGCUGUUCUGAAUGUGGUAAAAAGUUUUCACAGAGAAGCAAUCUUCAGAGCCACCAAAGAAUUCACACAGGAGAGAAGCCAUAUGACUGUUCUGAAUGUGGUAAAACGUUUUCACAAAGAUUACAGCUUCAAAGACAUCAAAGAUUUCACACAGGGGAGAAUCUGUAUGACUGUUCUGAGUGUGGUAAAAAAUUUAUACAGAGAUGCCAUCUUCAGAACCACCAAAGAAUCCACACAGGGGAGAAGCCAUAUGACUGUUCUGAAUGUGGUAAAAAGUUUUCAUGGAGAAACAGUCUUCAUAUGCACCAAAGAAUUCACAGAAGGGAGAAGCCAUUUUGCUGUUCUGAAUGUGGUGAAAAGUUUUCACUGAGAAGCUCUCUUCAGAAACAUCAAAUAAUUCACACAAGAGAGAAAAAACUGACAAACUCCCCCACCUUGUCCACAGAUGCUAAGCAGCAGAAGAAACAAUUUAAAAAGUUUGAUGGAAACAAAAAGAAGUAA